UUUCUCUUUGUACCGUACUCAUACAUUAUUCUUAUGACACUUUACUCACCAAUGUCCACGUCAUCGCGUGGGGACGGCAAUGCGUCGCUAAAAUGUGCUCUCGGUGCUUCAUGCGCUUCAUCAAUCCUGCUGCUGUCCCCAGGUAAAUCGAUUUCUUCUGCCGCGCGUUCUUCUUCACGGCCUUGCUCGGGGGCAUCAACUUGGGAACGCGUGGAGACAGCGAUGAAGUCAAACUCAGCUUCGCUGCCGCUGUCGUCGCUCUUUGCCUGCUGUACGCUUGUUGGGAGUUCGAACUCGGCUUCACCUUCGUCUUCAAUGUGAAAGGAUCGACGAAUUGGAGUUCCGUUGCUCGCUUCACCCGCAGGUUUUGAUUCUGAAGACUCGCGCUGUGCCUUUAGAGCUGCUUCGUAGUCUUGCAUUGCAACCCAUUGCUCAUGCGCCGUCGGCAGCGCAGGCUCUGGUUCGACGGGCUCUCCACGCUUUCGUUCUUGCUGUCGCAGAUCCGAUAGAUAUGAGGACACCGUAGCCUUCUUUGCGAUGAUUUCUGUGCGGUCGACGAGGUCUUCAAAAUUCAGGCCCGGGUACAGCUCGUAUGCCCACUCCUUGUACGCGGUGAUGAGCUCACGCAACGCUUCAGACUCGUUGCCGUUAGUCACAGCACCAUUGAAAUGUGUCGGAAACGAAGAAUACACCAACGAAAACCCUUUCGGCCCGAGCAAGUGUUGCUCGGAGAACGUGGCUCGCUUCUUCUUAGCUUUCAAUGGAAUUGACUCAUCUCCUUCCUUGUUUUCCUCUCCAAGCGGCAUGUCUUCCUCCGUGGCGUCCACUUCCAGAUCCCUCUUCUUGGACGCGCUGUCUCCAUGACCGCCAAGCACGGCCGAGCUUUCUUCCCAUCCCGACAUCUCGUGAAAAGUUGCGCGGCAAACGAACCCGCCAUGUAUUGAACGUGGCAGGAAUAUUAUAAUCUACAGGUUUCAGGGA